AUGACGCCAAUCAUGCUGGCCGUGCACCAUGGCCACGCCGACGUGGCUGAUUACUUGCUCACAAAAAACCCAGAGCUCGUCACAACGGGACGAACUGUUUUGCACGACGCAGCGCGCAAUGGGAUGCUAACAACCGUUGAGCAGCUCUUGCUUCACGGUCUAAGUGGUACAACCCAAGACGCAGAGUGGCGACGAACGCCGCUGCACGAAGCUGUCCGAGGCGGCAACCUUGCGACGGUGCAAUUUAUCCUUGACCAUUGCCCAAAGGCCACUGUCAACUACCAAGAUCUGCAUGGUGCGACCGUUCUACAUUACGCCGCCCGUACCGGCAGCCUCGAGAUGGUUAUCGCACUACUAUGCGCAGCGCAGCGCGUCGCUGCGGCUCUGGAGGGUCCGCUACGCAACCUCGAGCACCUUCUGGAAAUGGGCAUUGACAUCAACGAGCGCGACACGAGCGAUGGGCGCACGAUGCUCAUGAAAGCAUCAAUGAAAGGGUUCACGACGGUGGUUCGGUUUUGCCUCCAACGCGGCGCGACCAUCGACGAGAUCGACAACGCGGGGCGAACGGCCCUCCUCCACAGUGCCCCUCACAGUGACGUAGCCCUAUACCUUCUUUCCCACGGUGCAAACAUCUUGCACCAAGACGAUGGAGGUCGCACUGUCCUGCACGAAGCCGCUAGUCAUGGCUAUACCUUCAGCGAGAUCAUUGCCGUGCGCCAUAUCCAUGUCGAUAUCAAGGACAAUGCUGGGUUGACACCACUGCACGACGCUGCCAAGGUCGGCAGUGCCGUGGGGGCCAAGAAGCUGCUGAAUCUUGGCGCGCGUGUGAGCUGCGUUGACUUGGACGACCAAACACCGAUUCACUACGCCGCUAUGCACCCAUCACCCGCGGUGCUUCGAGUCCUCUUGCGAGCAGAGGCACGCGCAGCUUUUCUACGAGACCAACGCGGGCGCUCGGCGGUGUUUGUUGCUAUCGAGCGCGGUCACAUUGCAUGCGUCGAAAUGCUUCGAGCGUUUGGCGUCACGCUCGACGAGACGGAUCCACAGAACGCGACUUUGCUCCAUGCCGCGAUUGCGUCGCAACAAGACGUCUCUGUGGACUACCUCCUGGCGCAAGUUCCAGUCAUUGAGUGCACGGAACCACUAAAGGGUUCCCUUGACACGCCACUGCACUUGGCGUGUCGAAUGGGAUACGUCUACGCAGUCGACAAGCUCCUGAACCGUGAGACGGGUGCUUCGCUCCUACACGUCGCGGCUGAGAUCGACACGGAGACUUUGGACCCGACUCUUGUGCCUCUGUUGGUCCACGCAGGAGUCUCGCUGACACUUUUUGACAAGAAAGGGUGGCAGCCACUACAUAUCGCAGCCACGCGCGCCAAAGGUGCGGGCGUUGUUCAAGCGCUUAUCGCGGCCGGUGCUCCCGCCAACGGCGCCGCCAAGAAUAACAUGACGCCGUACCAUUGCGCAUCGUCGACCAGCAGCACGCCGAGCACCGCAGCUCCCUCCAGCGCCGCCGCCUUGCGCAACCGUCGCCCUGCCGCCAAGUCGUCGGCCAACACGGGCCGUGGCAUGGGUGGUAGCUCCGCUGGUAUCCUCCGCUUCUACACGGACGAUGCCCCUGGCAUUAAGAUGGGCCCCACCACUGUGCUCGUGCUCUGCUUGAUGUUCGUCGGCUUCGUCGUCUUGCUCCACGUCUGGGGCAAGUUCCGCAGCUAAACGCGACACCUCCACCGUGUUGGUGUAGUAGACCUUUAUAGCUCGAAUACGAUUGUACCUCUA